AUGAAAUUUAUUGUGAUUCCCAAAAAAGGGUUGACCAGAUCUCAGUAUCAGAAAUUAGAUAAACAAAUUGAUUUAAACACAAAAGUUUAUAUUGAUGGACCAUAUGGUGGAACUUUCCGUGACGUACUAAAAUUCGAUAAUGUUGUUUUAUUGGCCUCUGGGUCCGGUGUCACCGCAACAAUUCCAUUUGUCCUGUACCUUGCAGAUCAAUUUAACAAUGCUUCUGCAUCAAUACCUACUUUAAAGUGUCUUUCUUUUGUCUGGGUGAUUAGAGAGAGGAACCAUGAAUCUUGGUUUCGCGAGGAGUUGGAUAGAUGCAAAGCCAUACUUGGUGACAAACUCCAUAUUGAUAUCCGUGUAUGUCAUGAUUCGACAAACAAUGCAACGCCGUCAUCUUCCAACUUUGAUGAUUCAUCAUCCGACCAGGAAAAAUUAAUAGAGUCAAAGGAUUCCAAUCCAAUUGCUGAAGCGAAUAUUAAGUUGCACGACAAAAGUUGUCAUCAUGCUUCUGCAACUAUAAUUAAACCAAACAUUCCACAGAUUGUGCACAAUUUGGCAGCCUCAACUUUCCAAAGAAGGAAUAUGAUUGUGUGCUCAGGAUCAGAGUCGAUGAAACGCCAAGUCAGCUCUACUGUAUCGAAAUUACAAGGCUUAGUAUUUAAUAACGAUAGGAGUAGGACGCAAAUUGAGGAGAUUUAUUUGCAUACGGAAAGUUUUGGGUGGUGA